AUGAGCCACAUUGUAGUUAUACGAAGUUAUAAGCCGGGUGAUGAAAUUAAUUGUAAAGAGUUAGUGAAAGCAGGCAUAAUGUCUUCUUUAAGUUCAACGUUUUUUGGCAUUGUAUUUAAAGAAUUGACUUUUCAAUUAAUGAUAUUGUUUGCCGCUAUAAUGUUUAUUUUUUUUGGAUUGCCUUUAACUGUUUGUGUUUUAGUUAUUCCUCUUGUCAUUUUUUUGGUAUAUAUUGGAACUUACAUAGCUUUCACUGCGAAAACUAUGGAAGUAAGUGAAGAAGUUUCUAACAUACCAAGGAUUUACAUGUCUAAUGCCUUUUCAUGCUUUUGGGUUGCUGAAGCAUUUGAACCUUAUCUGAUGACACAUGAUCCAAAGAAUGUACAAUACAACCUAAUGACAGAACAACAAUUCCGUAAUUCAAACAUCGAUAUUUCAUCUCAGGUUAAGAAAAUUGUAGGAACUGUUGCCUUAUGUAAAAGCCAUAGAUUAGAUAAAGGCGCAUGGAUCAAAAGGCUAUAUGUACAUGAGCAAUAUAGAAGAAAAGGAAUAGCUUCCUAUCUUGUCAAUGUUUCUGUGCAAUUUGCUAUUGAUGAAGGUUACAGUUGUGCUAAUCUUGUUGCCUCAGAAUAUACAGAAGCUGGGAGAGAAUUGUGUCUUAAGAAAGGUUUUGAAUUGCAACAAAUGUAUCAUAAACCUAUUUUGGGUUCGCUUAUAACUGUGUUGAUGUAUGAAUUGACAUAUCAGAUUAAGCCUGGUGAAGAUGAUUAUGUGCCUCCAGUUUACAGCAGAUCAAUGCUUAAU